AUGGCGGCGGCGGCGAUGCAGCAGCAGUUCGCCGCAGCCGCGGCGAUGGGCGCGCCGAUACCUCCCGGGGGGUGGCCGCCCGCGCACAUCGACGCGCAGGGCGGGUUCGCGAACGGCGCGGCGCCGCCCGGGGGGUUAUCGCUCGCGGGGUUGACCGCGCAGCCGGCGAACAGGCGGCGGAAGGCGGGGGACGGGACCGGCGAGGAACCUCAUCAGCGACGGUGA